CUCAACCUUUUAAAGGCAGGCCACACACAGCACUAACCACAAGUCAGACCCCAUAAGCGAACGAAAACCAACAAGAAAAAAGGAAAAGAAAACACUGCAUAUUCUUCUUAGCUUCUCUCCAUCUCUUUUACUGAACAAAAUAUAUAUCAAAAUAUAGUAGAAGUACUAACAGCCAUGCCCAUUAAUCCCAUCUUUGGAAUCCACAACUCACUUUCCGGGCUAUUGGGCUCCGGAUCUGCCACCCAAUUCACCAACACAACACUCUCUUUUUCUUGGAUUUCCCAUUAAAAUCCCCCAUAUAUUCCCUUUCGUUGUCUCUCUAUACAUAUUACUUUCUCUCUUCCUCAAAGAAACAAAAAACAAAGCACAACAAGUCUUCUUGCUGAGUUUUAUUACUGCUGCUGCUUAUACUAAGCUAAACAAAGUCUUCUUAUAGCAGUAGUAUUUUGUGUCAUAUAUUUGCAUGCAUGGCAGGAAAUCCCCCACCUGAAGGGUUAGGAGAUGAUUUCUUUGAGCAGAUCUUGGCAGGGCAGCCACCUGGUUAUGGUGGUGAGGCUGUGGGGUCCACCAGCCUGCCCAUGAUGGGGUUGCAGUUAGGGUCUAGUGCUGCUAAUGUUGGAUUAAUGAGGAGUAGUGCUAAUAAUAAUAUGGGAAUGAUGCCUUUAGGGUUAAACUUGGAGCAUCAUGGGUUUUUAAGGCAACAACAAGAUGAUGGCAGUAGUUCUUUAGAUACCAACAACAGCAAUAAUAUCAAUAAUGCUUCUCCUUUUUCUAUCACUUCUGCUGGAUUCUUGCAGGGGAGAGAUUCUGUACACAUGACUAGCUUGUUCCCAACGUUUGGACAAUUGCAGAUUCAUUCAUCAAUCCGGUCUACACCACCACCACUUGGACCACCUCAGAUUCACCAGUUUAAUAGCCAGCCAACAUCAGGAGCAGUUUCAGCUGUACCACAACCACCUGGCAUUCGGCCAAGGGUGCGAGCAAGACGGGGCCAAGCUACAGAUCCGCACAGUAUUGCUGAGAGGUUGCGAAGAGUAAGAAUCACGGAGAGGGUGAAGGCGUUGCAGGAAUUGGUUCCCACUUGCAACAAGACAGAUAGGGCAGCCAUGCUGGACGAAAUUGUGGAUUAUGUGAAGUUUCUUAGACUCCAAGUCAAGGUUUUGAGUAUGAGCAGACUCGGUGCGGCGGGCGCUGUGGCUCAGCUUGUAGCUGAUGUACCACUAUCAUCAGUUCAGGGAGAAGGCAUUGAAGGAGGAGCCAAUCAGCAAGCUUGGGAGAAUUGGUCAAACGAUGGCACUGAACAGGAAGUAGCUAAGUUGAUGGAAGAAGAUGUUGGAGCUGCCAUGCAGCUCCUUCAGUCCAAGGCACUCUGCAUCAUGCCUGUAUCACUUGCUUCAGCAAUCUUCCGAGCACGCCCACCGAAUGCUCCAACACUGGUCAAGCCCGAGUCUAACCCCCCCUCAUAAACCUAAGCAAGAACGUGCAAGCUUUGCAUACACAUCGAUCAAUCCAGCGGGCAUCUGGUUCCCAAGAACUGCUCUAGUCCCAUUUCUACAUCGACACUCGAUUCAGGUUUCAACCUCCACUACUAGUCGACCUUACCGAGAAACAAAAAAUAAUCAAGUCAGGGAAACUGCUCUUCUCUUUUCCUUUCUCGUCAAACGAGCUAGUCAUUUCCAUGCCAAGGAAGAUAAAUCACGGGCACUUGAUGUUAUACAGCAAUGGUCAAGUCAAGGCAAGAAAUUUCUGAAGCUCUCUAUAAAUGUGACCCUAUUCUAAAUAUUUGAGGUGGUGGGGUACUUAGUGGAAAAUGACCAGAAUAUUAGUGGCAAGAACUCUCUUUUCUUCUCCCUUUGCAUAGUGGGAAUGUAGGGCCUUUCCAAAAGGGAUUGAUGGGUAUGUGUAUCAUGUAUUCGAAGAAAUUUGUAUUCAAGUUGAAAUAGAUGUUAGGAUGCUGUCUUCUAAAGUUAUGUAAGAAGCUUCUUGUUUGACAAAAACAAUUGCCGUACUUGGAUUGUUUAUAGAGUGAUUUUGUUUCUUCUGAAAAAGUAAAUGGUGCCCUUUUUGCAA